AUGAGCGAUUUACACUUUCAAGAUUUCGCACCAAGCACCGUAAAUUCAAAUAGUGAUCCUCGACAUCCGGGUAAACUUGGAGACCAAUCCUAUCUGUUUACUUCUGAUGGAACAAGCAAUCGAAUUAGUACAGCAGAGAAGAAGAAUUUUUUUUCAUUCGAAUUUUACCAACAGUAUUUUGAUGUUGAUACUGAUCAGGUGUUGUCGAGAAUUUUGUACAGCAUGUUGCCACGAUUUCCGUCCAAUUUUAUCGCCGACCAUAUUCAACCACUUCCAGAUCUAUGGGGACCCUUUUGGAUAUGCGUUACUUUGGUGUUUUCCACAGCUAUUUGCGGUAAUCUUGCAAAAUAUAUUCAAACAUUAGGCGCUAGUACAAGUUACCAAUAUGGAAGUGAUUUUAGAUUAGUUACCGGCGCUUCAACAAUUAUUUUCUGCUAUAUCGUAUUGAUACCAUUCCUUCUUUAUUCUUUAUUCUGGUAUCGGAAAUCAUGUUUGCAAUAUUCAUAUUUGGAUAUACUUUGCGCUUAUGGCUAUAGUCUAUCAGUCUUUAUUCCUGUAUCGAUUCUCUGGAUUUUACAAGCACAAUGGUUUCGUUGGCUUCUUAUAUUUUUGUCAGUUACAUUAAGCGGAUCAGUACUUGUAAACAGCAUAUGGUCCGCCAUAAAAAACGAUCGCAAUAAAGCAAUCGUUUUGGGGACGAUAGUUGGUGUCUUGCUGUUGCAUUCAUUAGUUGCUGUUGGCUUUAAAAACUACUAUUUCGAUGCAUCUUUGCCAAGUCAACUUGAGAUCGGCAAUUUUCACUUAUUGCAUCAGCAAGUUCAAAAUAUUGAGCAUUCACAUGCGCGGUUGGAAGUUGGCUCUAUGGUGAAUAAUGCAAUAAUCCCAAAUGAAGUAGGAGUGCAACGAGUGAAAAUGGAGAAGUCGAAAGAAGACAAUGGAAGCAGUGAAAGGAAGGAGAAUGAUGCUGUGAUGGGAAUUGCGAAACAAGUUAAUAUCACUAUGGUUCCAAAAGUUGCAGCAAAGAUUUCGGGACCUGUUUAG